GUGAGGUGGGCGGGGCUUCGGGGGGUGUGUGUGUGAGCUGGCUCCCUGCUUGGAACCUCAGGGGGCCGGCCCCCGAUGGGGCGCCUCUGCCCUCAUGGCCCAUCGCUUCCUUCUCUCCCCAGGGCCCCGGGGUCCCUCCGCCAGCUUCCAUGGAGUUCCCCGGGCACAGCGAGCAGCUGCUGCAGAGCCUCCGGGAGCAGCGUUCGCAGGGCUUCCUGUGCGAUUGCACCGUGCUGGUGGGCAGCACGCCGUUCCAGGCGCACCGCGCCGUGCUGGCCUCGUGCAGCCCCUUCUUCCAGCUCUUCUACAAGGAGCGGGACCUGGACAAGCGGGACCUGGUGUGCAUCCACAACGAGAUCGUCACGGCGCCCGCCUUCGGGCUGCUGCUGGACUUCAUGUACGCCGGCCAGCUGGCCCUGCGCGGGGACACGCCUGUGGAGGACGUGCUGGCCGCUGCCAGCUACCUGCACAUGAAUGACAUCGUCAAGGUGUGCAAGCGGCGGCUGCAGGCCCGAGCCCUGGCCGAGGCCGACAGCACCAAGAAGGAGGAAGAGCCUCGGCCGCAGCCGGCCACCCCAGAGCCGCUGCCCAGCACCUCCCGUAGCCUCAUGCCCCUGCUUCCACCCCCUGAGACGCCCAGCUGGAGGGACCAGGACCCAUGGAAAGAGCCUGCCCCGGUGCCUGCCCUGCCCUCAGGCCCCCAUACCGAUGAGCCCCCGGGGCCCGACAUUGCAGACACCACCCAGCCUGGCAUGGACACCCCAGUGGUGGAAGGCUCCCUUUCCAGCCCCAGUAGCUCCACGGAAAUGGUACCUGCCAACUACUUUUCUCCUAGUCUUGGGGCUGCCCCAGGGGAGCCCCCAGGGUCCCUGGAAGUGGGUCCUGAGAACCAAGGGGUGGGAGGCCCACGAGGACCAAAUGGCCCAGUGGAGGGCUUCUACCCACCUCAGCCAACGGCAACCCCAGGAGAGGCUGAGCCUGUGCAGGUGAAGGUGGAGGCCAUAGUGAUCUCCGAUGAGGAAGCUGAGGGGCCGGAGGAGAGACCACGGGCACCCGAGGGACUCUUCCCACCUGGAACAAUUUGUCGGAGCCGCUAUGCCCCACCUGAAGGGUUUGAAGAAGCUGCGGCUGCUGGAGGCCCAGGGCUCGAGGAGGGGGGCCAGGCUGACCACUUUCUGGCCCCUGAUGCUCACCUUCCUUACCACCUGUUAGCUGGCCCAGGGCACUAUCACCCUGGGCUGGUGACACCCCCUCCACCUGCGCACAGCAGCCUUCAUGAGUCUCUCUACUUGCCUGCAGAAUAUGAAGUGGCUUCAGGGGGCUUUGGGGUUUUCACAGAGGAUGUCCCAACGUGCAAGACUUGUGGGAAGACCUUCUCCUGCUCCUACACGUUGAGGCGCCACGCAACUGUGCACACUCGGGAGCGGCCCUACGAGUGCCGCUACUGCCUGCGGAGCUAUACGCAGUCAGGGGACCUGUAUCGCCACAUCCGCAAGGCUCACAAUGAGGACCUGGCCAAACGCAGCAAGCCUGACCCCGAAGCUGCCCCCUCCUAGGAGUGCGCACCUCCAUCUCCAACUUCAGCCUGGGAAGUGGGCGGGAGCACCCCAAGAUCUCCAGACUUGGCCCCUGGGACUGCUUGUGAGAGUGGAGACCUCUCUGAGAAGCAGGAAGGCUGGGAGGUCAUCCUGAUGGUGGGGAAAAUGGGUGUCUCUGUCUGCUCUAGUGCCCUUGUUUAAGCCAGAAGAGAGCAGCACUUCUGGGGGGCACAGAGCCAAGGAACCAGCCCACCCAUUCCUGCCCAUUCCCCUCCCUGGGUCGUUGAAGGACAGAGGUCCACUUCGUUAGUUCCUCUCCAGUCAGAUAAUUUGCUCAGCACCAUGGCCUUCAGAGUUACCCUGAAGCUAUCACUUGCCACUGUCUUACUGCCUGGGCCAUAAAUGUUAAAGUGAAACCCUUUCUA